AUGUUAGCGAUGGCUGAAAAGCUUGAGCGUGAUGAGUUGUGGGACGACGACCGAUCAUGGUCGUUUCCAAAAUUAGCAAUUGCUGAUGAAGAUGGUGCCAUGAAGUCCGCGGACAUCAGCACCUCUGUGGCGGCCAAGGGUAAGAAGAGGAGCGCUGUGGUGGCUGCAGAGUCGGAGGAUCAUGAGCUGCAUAUAUGGACAGAGAGGGAGAGAAGGAAGAAGAUGAGAAACAUGUUCUCCAAUCUUCAUUCUUUGCUCUCUCACAUCCCUCCAAAGGCGGACAAGUCGACGAUUGUUGAUGAAGCUGUGAAGUACAUAAAGAAACUAGAGCAAACUCUGCAGGAUCUGGAGAAAAGAAAGAUGCUGAGUCUCAAAGAUUCAUCAUUGAUCCAAUGGAGAGAAGCAUUUGUAGGGGAACUGCAGCUGCAGGGUCCGAACCCGGUGUUUGCAGGGCCCGAAUAUCCACCCAUUUUCAACACAUGGACAUCUCCUAAUGUAAUCCUCAACAUUUGUGGGAGAGACGCUCAAAUCAGUGUGUGCAGUGUUAGAAAUCCCGGCCUGCUCUCCGCCGUCUGCUUUAUGCUCGAGAAGAACGAUUUGGAGGUGCUUUCUGCUCACAUCUCCUCCGAUCGGGCUACAUGCAUCUACAUGAUCCAUGCCCGGGUAUAUGGAGGGUUAGACCAGGCAUUACCCACUGAAGAAAUAUUCAAGCAUGCAGCAGCAGAGAUUAUGAUGUGGCUUAGUUCCUAA